AUGACCGACCCAUUCACGGACUACGACAACCACGACCCUUUCAAAGUAUCUACAAUAGACUGUAGCGUCCGAGUUCUUUCACUGCUUGCCACAAUGUUUGGAUGGAUAGGAGGAAUUGUUGUUUUUCUCAUCGAAAAACAAAACGUCUAUGUACGGGCAGUGGCCGUUCAAUCUGCAAUAGUGAACUCCAUCAUGUUUGCUGCUGUUGUUUUCUUUGGGUGCUUUUAUUGGAUUGGAGUCUUCUUUGUAAUCAUGUUUUGGAUCACUCUGGUUCUCCACAUCAUCAUCAUUGCACUCCAGAUGCUUGUCGCCUCUGUCAAUGCAAACUCGGGAAAUUUCUUUGGUCCCAACAUGUUUUUAGCAUUAGCAAGUUGA